GACCCCGGUUGGGUCAGUCUCGCUUGCUCGCUUAGUAAAAUCGGUUCGGUUAGUUUUACUUUCAUUUCGCUCUCGAAAAAUUAUACCAAAAAUUCGAUAAAUCAAAAUCUGUAGAAAUUAUUUGAAUUUUUCGCACGCGAUUUCUCCAAUCUGCAAUCUGCAAUCUGCAAUCUCCAAUCUCGAAUUCCUUCUGCGGUUGCUCGUUUAGAUUCCCUCUUCUAAAAUAACUAGUACUCUUGUAGCACUCCUCGCUUCCUCCUGCCAGGGACAGUCUCUUCUCAUCCUCUAUCGGAUCUACUUCCAGGAUAUUUUUUAUUUAAAAAAAGAUGCGUUCCAGCAAAGUUCGCGCAGGAAAUGGCCACAGACUGCAAACCACUAGCUCCUUUUCUGGCGUGCCCUAUCCGGGCGGAGUCUACCAGCAGAGCGGCAAACAGAAGACCGGCGCCAGUCUGGCCGCCCAGCAGUCGCAGCAGUUCCUGGGCCAGCAGCCCCCCCUCGCCAGCAAUCCGCCCAUCCUGGGCGGACCAGUGGGCGUGGGCGUGGCCAACAUGCCCAGCUAUGCGGACCAGAUGCACGCCGCCUUCAUAGACUACCAGCGCCAGCGGAUGGAGUUCGAGCAGCAGCAGCAGCACCUGCUCCAGAAGCUCUACCACUACUAUCCGGACGUGUCGGGAUCGCAGGUGCCGGCCGGCGAGGCGGGGGUUAGCGGGGGACUGUCCCUGCCGCCGCUGGUGCCGGCGGGUGGCGUCUUGCCAGCUGCCUCCGGCACGUCCCUGGGACUUGGCACCGGAUCGAGGGGAGGAUCAUCCUCGUCCUCCUCCGCCGCCGCCUCGUCUCGAUUCGCUUAUCGGCGUCCGAACUUUGGCAGCAAUGGCCUCCAGCCGGGAGCAGAGCGCGGAUCGGCAGGCGCAGUAGGAUCAGCAGGAUCUACAGGAAGCGGAGGUCUGGGUUCGAACUUUGGAUUCUCGAGCAGCCAGCAGCGCAUCCCCGGCAGCAUCGGCGACUUCUACUCGACCCAACAGCACAUGGGCUUCAUGCAGCAGCAGCAGCAGGACGUGCUCCGGGACCAGCAGCAGUCGGUGGCCCACCAGUUCGCUACCAGCCAGCUGGCGCCCACCACCCGCCAGAGCUAUGGCAUGGCCGUGCCCAUGUCCUCUGUCCUGGGCACGCCCACCUUCCAGCCCUCCGCCGACGUCUCCCACGUCAGCUUCUCGAGUGGCAACCUCAACUACAGUUUCUAAGUGCGAGUCCGGUUGCGAUUGGCUCUCGGGAUUCGGAGUUCUGAGUUCGGAGUUCGAGGUUCGCCACUUGGCUCUUGGACCCAAAAACCCAAAAGCGUCUGUCACGAAAGGAGGUCGAUGUCCUUCAGGAACAAGUUGAGGAGCAGUGUUCCGCCCCCCCCACCAUCUCCCAUCUCCCAUACUCCCAUCCUCCCAUCCCCCAUCACCCGUGUACCUGGCGGAGCCUUCUCCUCUCCUGGUACUUUCGAUUAUUAGUCAUUUCCCAUUGAUAUUAUUAUUUUUUUUUUUCGCGAAAUUGUUGUGGUAUUAUGAGAUAAUUAUGCUUUAAGAGGAAUUGUGUAGGGCGGCAAGAAUAAAAUUUGUAAGUGAUUGAA